GACCCGGAAGAAGAUCGCAUCGGUGCUGUCUCAAGAGCUCAGCUGAUAGAUCUUCACAACAACAAAAACCAGACAUACAGAGCUUCUAGCACGGGCGCUGCUGGCAUUUUACCGCUGGUUUAGACUUUAUUUGUUUGUUUUUGUCGCAGUUGUGUCUCAGCGUCGCCAUCAUGAACGUGACGCUCGCGGUGAAGCAGUACAUCUCCAAAAUGAUCGAGAACAGCGGGCCCGGGAUGAAGGUUCUGCUCAUGGACAAGGAGACGACCAGCAUAGUGAGUGUGGUUUACACCCAGUCUGAAAUCCUGCAGAAGGAGGUUUACCUGUUCGAACGGAUCGACUCUCAGAGCAGAGACAGCAUGAAGCACCUGAAGGCCAUCUGCUUCCUUCGUCCAACCAAGGAGAACGUGCAGCAUCUAAUCCAGGAGCUAAGAAGACCAAAGUACAGCGUUUACUUCAUCUACUUCAGUAAUGUGAUCAGUAAGAGUGAAAUCAAAGCUCUGGCCGAGGCAGAUGAACAGGAAGUGGUGGCUGAAGUCCAGGAGUUUUAUGGAGAUUUUAUCGCUGUGAAUCCUCACGUGUUUUCUCUCAACCUGCAGGGAGUUUCCCGGAGACGCACCGAUCAGGUUUUAUCUGGCCGAAACCAUUUCCCGGGUCGGACCUGGGAACCCUCCAUGUUGUCGCGCUGCACGCAGGGUUUGACCUCCGUCCUGCUCGCUCUGAAGAAAUGCCCAAUGAUCCGCUACCAGCUGUCCUCUGACAUGGCCAAACGCCUCGCAGAGAGCGUCAAGCAAAUCAUCACGAAGGAAUAUGAGCUGUUUGACUUCAGGAAGACUGAAGUUCCUCCUCUGCUGCUGAUCCUCGACCGCAGCGACGACGCCAUCACACCGCUGCUUAACCAGUGGACGUACCAGGCGAUGGUCCACGAGCUGCUGGGUCUGAACAACAACCGGAUCGACCUGUCCAGAGUCCCGGGGAUCAGCAAAGACCUGCGGGAAGUGGUGCUGUCCGCCGAGAACGACGAGUUUUACGCCAACAACUUGUACCUGAAUUUCGGGGAAAUCGGCACCAACAUAAAGAACCUGAUGGAAGAUUUCCAGAAAAAGAAACCUAAAGGGCAACAGAAGCUGGAGUCCAUUUCUGACAUGAAGGCAUUUGUGGACAACUACCCUCAGUUCAAGAAGAUGUCGGGAACCGUGUCGAAGCACGUGACGGUGGUGGGGGAGCUUUCCCGGCUGGUGUCUGAGCGGCAGCUGAUGGAGGUGUCAGAGGUGGAGCAGGAGCUGGCCUGUCAGAACGACCACUCGAACGCUCAGCAGAACGUUCGGCGGCUGCUGCAGAAUCCUCGGGUUUCGGAGCUGGACGCCGUCCGUCUCGUCAUGCUCUACGCUUUGAGGUAUGAGCGCCACAGCAGCAGCAUCCUCCCGUCGCUGAUGGAGGAGCUGAGCAGGAAGGGAGUGUCUGAACGCUACCGCAGGAUGGUUCAGUCGGUUGUGGAGUACGGUGGGAAGAGAAUCAGAGGAAGUGACCUCAUCACACCAACGGAUGCUGUCUCCAUCACUAAACAGUUCUUCAAAGGACUAAAGGGCGUAGAGAACGUGUAUACACAGCAUCAGCCUCUGCUGCACGACACUCUGGAUCAGCUGAUUAAAGGUCGACUCAAAGACAGUCAGUUCCCGUACCUGGGAGCCAGCAGCCUGAGAGACAGGCCUCAGGACAUUAUGGUGUUCCUGAUCGGUGGAGCGACGUAUGAAGAAGCUUUGACUGUUUACAACCUGAAUCGUAACACUCCUGGGGUUCGGAUUGUGCUGGGAGGAAGCGCCAUCCACAACACUAAGAGUUUCCUUGAAGAGGUGAUGCUGGCGACGGGUCACAGCGGCGACAGAGCACAGGGAACUGGACGCCACUCCACCAGGCGAUGAACACUAACACUGCUUCUGACUCUUGUAUAAUAAACUUCAUCUCUCCCUCCGCUUGUUUAUGUCUGUAUUUAGAGGAGCUUCCAGAGAUCUGUGAAUUACCUGGAUGUCUUUUUUAAAUACCAACAGGUUUGUGUUAAACAAACACCCAUUACUGGCAAAUUAAGAGCUACUCAAUCAGGAAAGAUGAAGGAUUUGGGAACAAUUUUGUUUUCAGGUCUGUAACAGUACACUCAGGUCAUGGCUGAAAAUCCAUCUCAUUGUCAGAGUCUUGAUUCAGCUCAUUGAAAGUGAAUAAAGUCAUGAAUAAUAAUAUUGACUUUAAUACAUUUAAUUUAAAAUAUAUGACAUGGGAAAAGAAAAGGAUGCAAAGAGUCCUCUUAAUUCUUGCUGCAGUCUAAGCUUUAAAAACCAUAACCUUUAAAGGUUUGUGAUACUGUUAGAAAACUAAUAAACACAAAACAAUAACUUUUAUAUUUGCGUUUGUUAAUCCCUUGUACAGCAACAUUCUCAGGAAAACAAAGGCUAACUACUGAACACACCGAUUGUCUUUCUAAAGUGUUGCUACAGGAAAGGCAAAUUUUCAUGAGCCUCCAACUGCUACUUUUGUGACUUCAUGUUGCUGUUAGCUGUGCUGCAAUUCUAACACUGAGCUUGUAGCAGCAACAGCAUGUAAAAAAUCAGUUUCAGAUUUAUUUGUUUUGACUCUUUAUUUCUAGGACCAUUUUAUGAGCAUCUCAGCAAUUUCCAACUGUGAAAACUUUAAAAAUUUUAUUUUUCUUAUUUCUUGUAGGCACUAGCUUGACUGCUGUAACACCUUUUGAAAAUUCAGUUUUAUGUUUAUUUUUUAAUUUGCAACAUGUUGUUGCGUGAUGAAAGCUACAAAUCUACAAAUAUCUAAAAAAAUUUCCAAUAUACCAAACAGUCGCUCAGUUCAUAAGUGCUACUUUGUUAGCUUCCUGUAGCAGAUAGCUCAGUGCUAGCACUACAUUACAUAUUAACAACAUGUAUUAUUAUUAUUAUUAUUAUUAUGUGUCUUUUGUAGUAGUUCUGCUAGUUAUAAUAUUUUUAUUAGGAUAACAACAAUCCUACUAUGUCUGAGGAAAUGGCUUCUGAGAGCUUUGCAGUUAGCUAGCGGUGUUGCAGUGCUAAUGCUAGCUUAUUUGUAAAACGUAAUAGAUCAUUAAGAUUCCAUUUAAAAUAUGCUAUUUAUUUCUGUCGUCUUCUUUAACAGCAGAACUUUUGCUAGACAUAUUUCUUUAAGGAUCUUAAUAGCCUAAGGAAAAACUGCUUAUAAAUUUCAGCUGUGAAAAUGACACUUGCUUCCUGUAGAAACUAGUUCUGCUUUCAUAACGUGUGAAGAUUCAGUUUCAUUUUCACGUGAAAUAUAAAUACAAUACAUUUUUCUUUGUUUGUUCUGUAACAGAGUCAAAACUAUGCAGCUAUGAAUUUUUGUAAACAUAUUAAGAUUCCUAGAACACAUGAGGCAAUAGCUAGCUAUAGUUUUAAACUCCUAUUGUUUGUAGCUUCGUGUAGCGGAUAGCUUUGCUUCCAUGCUGCUAACCCAAGCUUAUUCAUAAACAUGUUUAUAUUUCUAUCUUCUUUGAUCUACGACUGAUAAUAUUUUAUUAGUAUCUAAACAGUGCUGCAACCUCUGAUGAAAUGCUUGCGGGUUUUCAAACUCUGCUACCUGCGCCGCUGUGCUAAUGCUAGCUAGCAUAUCAAAAGUAAUCGUGUCAACAUUCUACCUACAUCUGAAUUAUUUUUUUUAGCACCAAGAUUAAAAUAAAAAUGUUUUCUCUAACCUCUUUUUUUCCCAGAGCAGAGGCUUUUGUCACUGAAGUAACUCAAGCACACGCUCUGCAAUUUGUGUCUUAGCUGCCAGGACUUGACAUUGUGUACUGUGACAGACCAGAAAACUGAGAUGAUCUUCAAAUUUAAUUAGGAUAUAAUCCACUGAUAUAGUCUUAUAAAUAUUUUCAAAGCAGUGGUUAUAUAAUUAGGGUUCUUGGAGCUUUCUGUCCUUGAUUUAAAGUGCAGUUUUUCAUCUGUUUGGUUUAAAGGAAAUUUUUUUUGCUUCUGUCAUGCAGUGAUUCUCUUGUUACAUCCUUAAACUUUCCAGUGUUUUCCUUUACAUGUUUCUGACUGAAUGUGAAUUUGAAAGGAUUAAAAAUAAAAAACAGAGUUGAAA